UAGCAAGCCCAGUACCACCCCAAGACAACGAAGAAGAAAUGGCCACAGUAGCGUACCCAGUAUUUAGCGGCACCAACCCCCGAUCAUGGCUAGCUCAGUUAGAAAGGGCCAUGAAGGCUAAUGGAGUUGCAGACAACAAUAACAACAAGCGAUUGGGAAUCGCAGCUUGUCAUAUGGGACCCUAUCAAGAGUGGAUCGAACUACAACAAAUAACUGAUUGGGAUAACGAUAACGCAGGUCAUUUGGGUUUCAAACAAAGAUUUAUUGCCGAAUUUGCAAAUGAAGAUACCAAGGGAGAAGCUCUCGAAAUUGCGAGCAAAAGAAUGCAGAAGCCUGGAGAACCAGUUGAAGUAUAUAAAGCUGCGCUAGAUAGAAUCUGGCAAGAAUGCGAUCCAGCAGAAAUGACAGACAGAAUGAAGCUUAAGUUAUUUUUAAACGGACUCAGCCCCACGAUUAGAAUGUCAGUUAAACAGCAAGCGCCCGCAGACAUGGCAGCAGCA